GAUUUUCUCUAGAAUUUAAAAGCCUGUAAGCCUUGUUUGAACUCCCCUUUCACAGCAUACAGAUUAGUUGAGUGUCUCGUGCCUAGUUGUUAGGUCCUCUUCCAUUUCAGACCCCGGGUCCUUCAGCGUUAACACAGUUCAGUCUUGCCGUUUCUCUUGGGCCUGUUACUCGGGAGUGUGUCCAGCAGAUGGCACUGGCGUUCUUAGACGGCAGACCCGUGCUCUGAAACGGCAGUGCCCGGUAGAAGUGAGGUGUAAGCCGUGUGUGUCAGUUUGUUUUCUAGGAGCCGCAUGUAAAAAGUGAAUUCUUCCUGGGUAUAAUGCCAUCCCUCUGUGUCUGCGGGGGGAUCGGUUCCAGGACCUGCUGUGGGGAGCAGAGUCUGUAGAUGGCCAAGUUCCGCAGUCGGCCCUCUGCACGCGCCGUUCCCAUCCGCACACUGAGCCGGCUGUGGAGCGUGUGGUGCUGUAGUGUUAGUGAACAGUCCACGCACGUGUAGACCCUCCCAGUUCAAACCCAGACUGUUCAGAGUCAACUCCACUUAACCCAGAAUGUCCAAAAUAGUUCAGUAUUCCAGCAAUAUACAGAAAGGUUAAUGGGGCGUUUUGCAUUUCUUUUCACACCAAGUCUUCAGAACCCAUUGUGUGUCCACUUAUAGCACAUCUUGAUUCAGAUGCUUAAUUUUCAUCAGGAAUACUUCAUCUCUGUUUGGAUUUCACAAAAUAUACAUUUGAAAAAGUAGAUUCCCAUACCUAAGUUGAUCCAAACACACUUAAAAACAUUUAAGAGUUGGCCAGUGACGAAAUUAUCAGGCUUUAAAUUUCGUAAACUUAAAACGUAGCUCCUUGUCAUACAAUACCACACUUCAGAUGCUCAGAAGACACGCCUGGUUAGUGCUAGUGAAGGCGCAGCGCAGCUCUGAGCGAUCUGUUUUUGCGCGUUUUGUGGUUUAACCGUGUGUAAUUCUCCUGCUCGUAACUGAGUGGUCGGCAAACAGACCUCUUCCUGCCACACAUUAAGCGCUCACGCUACCCUUCUGGCUGUGUUUGACUUGGGAGCCACCAGUGCUGAAAUCUCCGGUCGGAAAGCAUGACCACGCCUCGUUCAUGGCGUUGUGCAGCGAAGCAAAAUGUCUUGGAUUAGAAAUUGCUUUGAAUUAUUUGUUUUCACUGUAAUCUUUUCUCUAGGCCUUUGUGUGUUUUAAUACAGUUCGUUUGAAUUGGCUAAAUAAAUCAUUUUGUUUGCUUGCAAAAGUCCCAAAGGAGAAACUUUAAAUCCAUAUACAUGAGAUUCCUGCUAUGUUUAGCUGUGCAUUUGCCAAAGGCUUGCGGUGUAAUUUAUUUCCUCUUAAAGCCAUAGUGCAGUCUGGGAGAUGGCUCUCAGCUGACCUUGUUGUGACAUAGAGAUGAGGCAGUAGAAUUUAGAAUCUGGAAUGGAUGAGGGUACUGGUCUUUACAGUUAAUACAACACAGAGAGCAGCCACGCCAUAUGUGUGUAAUUUCUUUCCAGCCAGUAAAGUGAACUAAGUCAGUUAGAUGUCAAGCAGUUCCUGUAAGAAACUACAUGGCUGACGUUUUUAUUGAGAGACCAGAAGAAGAACUUCCAUCCUCAGAUCUCUGACUCCUAGAGGAUGCACUGGCUCAAUGACCUGUAAGGGCCGUUUCAGCACGUCCACCUGUCCCGAGACCUGACCUUAGGUGAGAACAUAGGCUCCCACUCAGCCCUCAGGCUGUCUAGCUGCUUACAGCUGAAGGUCCCUCUUGUCUAGAAUGGACAGCAUCACCUAGCAGUAUGCGUGCUCUAGUACCAUGAACGACAUCAAGAGUAACCGAGAGCUGUACCUGCAGUACACCGCCACGGCCCCCAAGCUGCUGGCCCACAUCUCCAGGCUGCUCGUUGGCUGCCGGAACGCAGGCAUUUCUGUACCCAAGGGCAUCAGAAACAUCUUUGAGUUCACCUGGGAGGAGCUGAUCACCGACCCCAUGGUCCCUACCCCCUCCGACAUCUUGGGCCUGGAGAUCAGCAUUGGCGCCCCGCCCGUGGUGCUUAUGGAAUCCGCUCCUGUGCAGGCCCCCAUCCAGAAGAAGCUGCCCCCACCAGCGCUCCCACUGCCGAUGCUGCCCGCUUCCACCGGGCCGGCCAAAUUCACGCACUCUCCCACCCACGGCCGCCGCAGGCAGUCCAGCCAGGAGACCCUGCACAGGUUCCAGCGGCAGUCCAUCCACCUGCUGACCGAGCUCCUCAGCCUGAAGAUGAAGGCCAUGCUGGAGUCUGUGUCUGUAGGUGCCAACCCCCUGGACAUUACAAAGCGCUUCGUGGAGGCCAGCCAGCUCCUGCACCUCAAUGCCAAAGAGAUGGCUUUUGACUUCCUGCUUGGCACCAUUGGGAGAAACUGUGGCAGUGCUGGACAGAUGGGAAAAGAUUCCUUUAUGAGCAUCCCAGCCAUGGGUGUGAACUCGCCUUACCAGCUUGUCUACGAGGCCUCUUCUGGUUGUCUGAGCUUUUCCCUCUCAACCGGAAGGGAAUUCAAGAAGAAAGCAGCCACAGGCAAACCCAAAAAUAUGGACGAUGCUUUGGCAUCCCCGCAGCGAGGAGCAGGAGCGGGAACCUCUAGCUCUGAGGUUAUCGAGUUGAGCGACCCUUGCCCUGAAGCCCGGGAGAAGCUGCAGGAGAUGUGUCGCAUUAUAGAAGCCGAAAGGGUCUCGUGGAAAGGGAGGAACAUCUUCUACCCCAUCGUCAUACGCAACUACAGGGCAAAGAUGCCCCCUCAUCUAUUGUCGACCCCCAAAGGCGAUGCUCAGACCCACAGCUCCCACCACCCUCACCCUCCAGGCACUCAGACUUAUGCGUCCACCCCUCACCAGCCCUCCGCCCACCACCUCCACUUCAGCCAGCAUUCUCUGGAGUGGAAGGGACCCAGGAAGUUCAUCAAGUUGCACUACUCCUUCUAUGACGGGUCCUCCUUCGUUUACUAUCCCUCUGGAAACAUCGCCGUGUGUCAGAUCCCCACAUGCUGCAGAGGGAGAGCCAUCACCUGCCUCUUUAACGACACACCCAGCUUCUCCUUCCUGGCCCUGUUCAAUGCUGAAGGCCAGGGCUGUGUCCACUACAACUUAAAGGCCCGCUGCCCAUACGUCUUGGUCUUGGACGAGGAAGGUGGGAUCACCAACGACCACAAGGGCUAUGUAGUCCACAAGUGGAGCUGGACUUCCAAGACAGAGACUUUACUCUCUCUGGAAUACAAGGUGAAUGAUCAAAUGAAGCUGACGGUGCUCGGGCAGGACUCUAUGAUGGUCACCUUCACCUCCAUGAAUGAGACAGUAACGCUCCCCAUAUCGGCCAGCAACUGUCCCCACGGGAUAUCGCACGAUAAGCGGAUAACCCGCAGAAUGAGCAGCAUGGACGAAAAGAUAUCUAAGAUGAGCCGGGCCCUGGCAGAGAUCAAGAGGAGGUUUCAGAAGACAGUGUCCCAGUUCAUGAACUCCAUCCUGCUGGCGGCAGGCCUGUUCACCAUCAAGUACCCAGUGAAGGAAGAGGCAGACGUCAGCCGGGCCAGGCUGAAGUCCGGGCUCUUCCCGGAGCGCAGCGCCAGGCUGAGCCUGUACUCAGGAGAUGUGCUCCUACUGCGGUCGCAGUCAGCCCGGCCCGAGUCCCUGAUUGAAGGGGCCCCAAAGGAGGAGCCCGAGUCGGCUCCUGUGAGCCCCACGCGGAAGAAGCCCGGCAAGCCCCACACCAGGGCCACGGCCCCACGCAGAGGGAAGACCAGAGAGGUUCGCAGCCCCACCAGGUGGGCGGCCUCACUCUCCGACUGCCCCCUGGUGCUGCGGAAGCUCAUUAGCAAAGAGGACAUCCAGGCCGGCUGCAAGUGUAUGGUGAAGGUGCCCCUGGUGUCCGACGUGGAGCUGGAGCGCUUCCUGUCGGCGCCCCGAGACCCCAGCCAGGUGCUGGUGUUUGGGAUCGUGUCGGGCCGGAACCCCACCAAGUCGGGGCAGCUCCAGUGGCUGCUGGACACACUCUACAGCCCCCGGCAGCAGGGCCGCGCCUCUCCCUGCAUCCAGUGCCGGCAUGACCCCUACCGCCUGCUGCGCUACGACGUGGACAGCCCGCUGCAGAGGGACCCGCCUCUGCUGGUGAAGAAGUACGCUGUGAUGCAGGGCAUGAUUCUGAUGUUCGCUGGGGGAAAGCUACUUUUUGGGGGCUGUGUUUUGAACGGCUAUGGCUUCAGCAGGCAGAACCUGCUGAAACAGAUCUUCCAGGCGCGACAGGACUGCAAGAUGGGCUACUUCCUGCCUGAGAACUACAAAUUCAGGGCCAGCACAAAGGAGGCCCUUGGGAAGUGUCUGUUGAAUGAAGACCGAGGGCUGCUUUUGUCCCAGGGCGUCAGAGGCUGGGUCAGAGCAAGAAGAGGCUGGCACGCAGGGUGUCUGCUGAUCACCGGCCACCUCUGCACGCCUCCAGUGGUGGGAGAGCCCUCUCUCCAGAGGCCACCCCUUUGCAGCCUGAAAGUCAGGCCACUCGGGCCGGAAACCGUCAUGAGAGGGAGUGAAGAGCACUGAGCAUUGGAGAAAGCACCUGAUUCCCAUCAGGACGCCCACCGGUAAACAACAAGCAGGAAACAGCAAGUGUCAGUGAGGAUGUAGAGACGUUGGAGCCCUGAUGCAGGGUGCAGCCGUGCGGAAACCAGCCUGGAGAUUCUUAAAACAGACAGAAUCACCGUCCAGUCCAGCAGGUCUACUUCUGGGUAUGCAACUAGAACAGCUGGAGGCGUCUCAAAGAGAGAUUUGCACACCCUGUUUGUAGCUCACUGUUCCCAGUGUCCCAAGAAAUGGAAGCACCCCAAGGCCCAUCGAUGGAUGAGUGGAUGAAGAAAGCAUGGUCUGUCUGCACAGUGGAGUAUAUUCAGCCUUAAAAAGGAAGGAAAUUCUGACACGUGCUGCAACAUGGAUGAACUGGGAGGCUUAUUUCUUUGUGAAAUAAGCCAGACAUACCGCAAACACUCUACGACUGCACUUUCGUGAGGCCUUUACAGUGGUCGGGUCCAUAGACACAGAGAAUAGAGCGGUGACUGCCAGGGCCUGGGGGACAGGGAGGUUUGUUUAACGGGGACAGGUUCACCUUUGCAGGAUGGAAACGUUCAAGAGAUCUAUUGCCCAACAAUGUGGACGUACAUCCUGCUGUACAUCACGCUAUUGAACUGUACACUGAACAACUGUCAAGGUGAUAAAUUUUAUGUUACACA